AGUCAUUUCUUCAUUCUAAAUCAUGGGGCUAACCUGCAGCUCAGCAGCUCAAGCUCUAUCUUUUCAUCCCCUUGCCAAGGGCAGUAAUAUCCACCUAGGCAGUUGCCUUCAUCGGGCUAAAAGAGGCUACAGCUUCCAAGAUGGAAUUAUCUUCUCAAGUCGUCCUCUUCUUCCAAGAGAGAAAGUCUGGAUAAGAAUUCUGGAAGUUGAGGAGCGAUGGCAUGGAGCUCUACGAAUUGGCUUUACCUCUAUGAACCCCAGCAACAUUGACUCUACCUCUCUACCGCCAUUUGCCUGUCCUUAUCUUACCGAUAGUCCUGAUUUCUGGGGUAUGGGGAUUCCAGAGCAUCUGUGCAUGGAGGGAGAGGAAAUUUGCUUCUGGGUAAACCACAAAGGUCAAGUACUUUUUAAGAAGAGGGGAUUUUUAAAGCCAAAGCUGUUGUUCUCUGGUUUACCAAAGAAGACACCACUCUGGAUCAUGAUAGACGUCUAUGGUCAAACCAAGGCUUUACAGCUUCUGGAUGCAAAGCAGCAGCUGUAUUUUCCAUGUUGUUGUACUGGCGAUACAGAGCCUCAAAAUUUGGGUUCAGAUUACUCUGGAGCAUCUGUGACAAAGAUUAAAGCUUUUCAGCCUCCUAGUUCUGAACAAUUUUUGGAAAUGUCGAUAAAACUGGACCUAAGAACAAAAGUGACAGAGUUAAAACUGUUUACAGAAGAGGAGCCUCUCUGUGUGAUUUGUCAGGACAGAAUGGCGGACACUUUGCUUCUACCUUGCAGACACAGCUCCUUCUGCAAAGAAUGUGUUCUAAAAAUCAGAGGACAGAAAAAUACCUGCCCAUUGUGCCGUCAAAGAAUCAUUGUAACCCAAGGACUCGGAGAAAGUCAUCUGCUUGCCAACGAUGGUAGCUGAUCUUUGUUGCUAUCUUAUGGGACAUGAGGACAGUUUUCGUGAUUGUGUCCAUGUGAAAGACUGUCUUACCAUCUACCCGCUUUCCUUCCCUACCAGUCAAACAGCAUGAUCUUACAGUGUAACAUCCAAAGUAAUGGUGGCUAUCUGGAUGACAUUGUGGCAACCAAUCUUACUUGAUGUUGUAGAACACUGGAAUUUUUUGUAAAAGGCUAUGUUCACACUUCAUUUGAGCUUUCCAUCAAAGGUAUAUAUUGAGGAGAUUUUUUGAUAUGUACUUUGGAUGGAAAGCUGCAAUAUAUAGGCAGACAGCGGUAUGUCGUCCUUACGAUCCCAUAGUAAAAAAAAAGCCAAAGCGCAUACCAGGUGGUCUCUUUACAGAACAGUGUCAUGAUGUUCCCUACAGUACAAACAUAUUGGUGUGAUUUAUGAUGAAAGGAAACUCUUUCGGCAUAUGCGCAGUGAAUGUGGUCCUAUGGAUACGCACAUGACAAUAUCUGAGAUCCGUAUCACACAGAUCCAGAAUACAUGGUGGCAAUGCAUUUCGAUAGGGCCAUACAUUAUAUGUUUUCACAGAGUCAAAAAAAUGCGGUAUGCCCCAUGGCACUUUUUGUAUUGUCCAUCCUAUUAUGGGCCAACAUGCGUUGUGUGCAUGAGACUUAACCAAGGGUGAGAACUGGAUGGAGUAUGUGACAAGUGAGCAACAGGACUGAAUUCAGAAGGUGAGCAAUCAAACAAAAUUAAAAAUCAUUUCAACUGAAGUGCUUCUUGUCCAUGGAUGCGGUGAACAUUGGUAAAUAAAUGUAAAAAUCUGGGUUAAUGAAUGUAGACAUAGUGGGAAUGACUCGGGAAGAGAAAUAAGGUGAAUUGACAGGUAAAGUAUGUGAUAAAUAGAAAGUCAGAGAGAAGAAAGUGAAAGGCAGAAAAAAAGUCUGAUAGUGAGUAAGAGGUAGGUAAUAGACAGAAAUUAGAAAAGGAAAGCAAAUAAUAAGAAGAAAGAAGGCCAGAGAAAGGAAUAGAAAUAUAACAGGUAGACAUCUACUGGGUGGCAUGAAGAAAAGUCAGGGAGAAGUGAAAAUGCGGAAUAACACAAACAAAGGCGUCCGAUAAAUCUCCUGGGCCCCGAUGCAAAACCUGUUAAAGUUUCCUACCUACCAUGUACCAUAUAUUACUAGUCUUAUCUUAUGCAGCAGACAGGUCUUUAGGCCACCUAUGGCACCAGGGCAAAGGGUGUGACUGCUACUGCAGCAACUAACAGGGGAGUGUGUGGAAGAUGACAGUGGUAGUAGUUGUGGCUCUGAGGGUGGCAUUACAUUUCAUAUUGGCAAUCUCCCCCUAUGGCUGUCCCAAGGGGCAGGGACUGACUAGAAGGUGCACCCUUUCUUAGGGCUCCUGCUUGCUAGUAGUUGGGGGUGCCCUUGAUGGUGCAUGGUUUGGGCUAUGGGUGCUAGAGUCAAUAACUAGGCCGGUUGAUUGCAACAGAUAACAGACUCUUUAGUGAAUGGAUGAUAGGAGUAGUAGUACAUAUAGUAGCAAGGGAACAAUUCCAAAGCACAUCAAAGUACAGUCUUAUCUCAAUAGCAGUAUAGAGGCAGCAGCAAUGAUUGUACAUGUAGUACUCCCCGAGUCUGACUCCAAACAUUUUACUAUUUUCCCAAGGUAACCACAGGCAUGCUAUACUGUUCUUACUAACUCCUUCUGCAGUUCCCCGGCUGAGGGGUGCAGAAGCCUUAGAUAUAGAUGGCCAGUCCAUACUAAAGUGUGGUAGGUGCCAGAGGCAAUAAUUUCAACAUCAGCAAAGCCCUUCUGCUAUAAACAAGCAAAUACCUUGCUGUCUGAAGCUUGCACAGCCUGGAUGGUUCUGGACUGUCUAAAAUGACUGGUCUCUUUCUCUCAGGUGUUCUCUGGUAAUAAAGCAACAUUUUUGACAGCUUUAGUCUCAGAGAAAUAGGUUCUCUGGACUUAGCUCUCAGGAGCUUGCACAUAUAGUGCGGACUAGGUUCAUCACCCUGGUAACCUAAACAGUGUGCCAAUUUGUUUACUGUUUGGUGGCCAUAUGCAUUGCUAUUAAGUAAAUAAACAUAACAAAGCACAACAUUUAAUUCAAUAACAUUUGGCAAUAAUUAACCCUUUGCAGUAGUCCUUCUUGUUACAACGUAAGGGACAGUGGAAAGAAGGUAAUGGAAAAGUGAAAUGUGAAAAAAAAAAUGGAUAAGAGUAAAGUACAAGUAGGUAUAAAGAUGGAAGAAGGGCCUGAUAAAUGUGACAAAGAAAAUGAAUUUACAAAAAGUUGCAGAACAGGCAAAAAGUGUGUAAGUAGACAGGGAGCAGAAUAAACAAGGGAAAGAAUACUCAAACUGUGAAGGUUUGAAUAUAGAUAAAACAAGCUAAAAUCCUGUGAACUAUUUGUAUAAGUUAAUUUAAAAAGAGAAAGGAAAACUGUAGGUAUCCAAGCUGUGAAUAAAAACCUAUAUUUUAGGGAAUGUGCAAACAUGAAAUGUCCAAAAAUGUGAUUUUUUUUUUUUUUACCAACUUUGUACAAAAAUAAUGUCAAGCUAACAUUGUAUUCUUAAGAACUAAUCAGUCAUUGUAUCAAUGUUGUAAGACAUAUGAUUUUUUUAACAGAUGGAUAAAGAUUUUUAUACAAAAAAAUAUAAUUAUUUUCA